CGCGUUCCGCCGACGGGGGCUGGCGAGGCUCACGCUGGAAGGCUUCGCGUCUGGAGACCUGCUUGGAACCCCGGGCGCAGCGGAGGUCGGGCUUCGGCGUCGGAGGCUCGCGACCCGAGCCUGGGGAAGGAGGUACCGGCGACCAUGAGAUCCCUGCAGCUGCUCAGAACCCCCUUCCUGUGUGGCCUGCUCUGGGCCUUCCGUGCUCCAGGGGCUGGGGCCGAGGAACCUGGGGCCAGCUUCUCCCAUCCCGGCAGCAUGGGCCUGGAUAAGAAUACAGUGCACGACCAAGAGCAUAUCAUGGAGCAUCUAGAAGGUGUCAUCAACAAACCAGAAGCAGAGAUGUCCCCACAAGAACUGCAGCUCCAUUAUUUCAAAAUGCAUGAUUAUGACGGCAAUAAUUUGCUUGACGGCCUAGAACUCUCCACAGCCAUCACUCACGUCCAUAAGGAGGAAGGGAAACAGGCCCCACCUGUGAGUGAAGCUGAACUGAUUAACUUAAUAGAUGGUGUUCUGAGAGACGAUGACAAGAACAAUGAUGGAUACAUUGACUAUGCUGAAUUUGCAAAAUCACUGCAGUAGACAUUGUUUGGCCAUUAGUUAUAUGCAAAUAUGACCCGUUAUAAUGUGAUUGAAUACUUUUGGUAAUUCAAAAUAACUCCUUUCCAAAAAAAAAACAAACAAAACAACAACAACAAAAAAAAAAAAACAAAAAAAAAAACCCCAAAAAACUCCUUUCCAAUUACUGCUACAGUAUUUUGGUAAAAACCUGUAGCAGUUUAUUACACUGGGGUGAGAAAGAGAAAUCAAGAGAAAUAUAAGAGAAAUGGGACAUAUUGCAGUCCCAAAGUACUGUUAAAUUUCUUACUGGACAAGGGCUUGAUUAAAGAAUCCUUUUAAAAUAUUGGAUAAUUGGAGCGUAGUACUCAGGAACUUGACUGUAGAAUACUGCUAGUCUCUUGGUUUUCAUUCAUGCUACUUGAAAAGUAAGACAAGCUUUGCCGAGUGGACACACUUUUCAGUAACCGUGAAUAAUAGCAUAAAUGCCAAAUGUUUCCCCUGGUGGAUCCUGUCUCUUCAGGUAAACAUGCUCAGUAUUCUGAAAAGUUCCCCUGCAGCCUGAAUGGUGACGUGCCCCAGAGCAGGGGACUAUAAGGCUACUCAAAGCCACUGCAUAAGAAGGAUGCCAGAUCCUGAGUUCAGCUAGCCGUAGAGUCUAAAAUUCCGUCUCUUAUGGCACUUUGGAAAUAACACACCAUUGACCUAAGUGAUUGACAUUUUUUUCACUUUUCAAUUUUAUAGAACUACUGCCACAUCCUUUCUUUUAGGUUUUCUUCAACUUAGAAGAGACCUUGAAUUUAAAAGUGUCUUUAUUCUAAUCAUUAGCAAAUGUUUUAGCUUUCUUAAUAUUUGUAUUUAACCCUUAUUUCUGGGGUUUGUUUUUGCAGUUUAAAAACUAUUAGGAAUGCAAGGACUAUAUCCCUUCUGCUUGGUGCAGUGGUGGGGUAAAACUACUUACCUGGACUUGUGUAAGUGAGGAGUGAGAUCACCAGGCACCAACUGCCACCAACUACAUUAGAAGGAAUGGUGUUUAAAUUACCUCUUCUAGCUUAAUUAUGUGAAUUCUUUCCAAUCAGGAAAGAUGAGAAAAAGAAACCUAAAAACUCUUUAACAGAAUGAAUUUCAAUAAUGGUUGAAAAUGAGAAACAACAGCAAAUUAUAAUUUGAUUUAUUGAACGCGAUGGAUGUGCUGGGAUGGAAAACCCAAAACGAUGGUUGAAUGGGGAAAAAACUGCAUAGAAUUUGCUGUAAGAUGUAUGCAGACUUAUUUUCUUUAUUAAAGUAUUCUUAUAAGGGGAUCCCUGGGUGGCUCAGCGGUUUAGCACCUGCCUUCGGCCCAGGGUGUGAUCUUGGAAUCCCGGAAUCGAGUCCCACAUCAGGCUCUCUGCAUGGGGCCUGCUUCUCCCUCUGCCUGUGUCUCUGCCUCUCUCCUUCUCUCUCUCUCUCUCUCUCUCUCUCUCUCUCUGUCUCUCAUGAAUAAAUAAAUAAAAUCUUAAAAAAAAGUAUUCUUAUAAGAAAACAUACGUAUUUGUAAAAAUGUUUUCCUGUAUCAAGUAUUUGUGCAAUGAGAGCUGAAUUGUAAACUAUUCUUGUAAUAUCUAGUUAUUUUGAAAGAUUUAUAUAAUGAAUCACGGAUAUAUGACCAAUAAAACUGAUGAAACAAAAUAAAGAGCAGUUG